GAGAAAAGUGACAGAAGAGUCAGAGAGGGAGAAAUCUUACGACCUGGAAUGACCUGUCUUGAAUGGAAAAUUAUUAUGAGAUUACUAUGAGACAGUCAUCAGAAACAAACCCUGGGCAGGCCCUGGUGAUCAUUUUUCUUAGAAAUUGAGUUGAGUGACUACAUAGUCAUAAUUCUACGAACCAUGAGGGACCACUCCUCAUUAGGGAGUAGGAGAAACCGAAACAAAUCCAUCGGGUUUUCCCGUUAUACUAAAACAGGAAAUCAAUUUUAAAGAAAGAAAAAAAACUUUGUGAAGCCUAAACUCUGUAUAGUCACUUCUAAUAAAUUUUAAAAUCUGUGACGUCUAUGUAGGUAUUAGUAGGUAAUAAGCAUAAUUUAGACUAACUUCAUUAGUUACUUAGCUUUAGUAGUAGGCCUACUGAAGGCUACUGUCAUUGAAUUCGUUGCCUUAUUAAAAUUAAAAGUUAUUUGUCUGUCUUUUUAAAGUUAAAGCAGUAAAACUAAAGUAAAGCUCGAUUAGUCUUAGUCUUAGCCUUAGUAGUUAGUAGUAAUAAAUAGGCCUAAUAACUUUUAAUAAGUUAGUCUACCUUAUUUAAACUUAUUAUUAACAAGCAGCCUGAGUUUUGAGUAAGUUAGUUAAGGGUUCAGUACAGUAAGUAAGUAGGCCUAUAACUUUUACUUUUAAUACUUUUAAGUAUUAUAGUAGUACUAGCUAUACUGUAGGCAGGGGUAGCCUCAAUUACCCAGUAGAGCAAAAUCUUCUGCUUCUUGCUAACUUAUAUAAUGUAUUAAAUAAUUUUUAUAUACCUUAUAAUAUUCUUAUAAAAUAUAAUAUACCAUAUAUAUAAUAUAAUAUAUAUUUAUAUAGGUAUAGCCUAGGACAUAUCAUAUAUCUAUCUGGCUAACUAUAGACACUAUAGUCUAUAGUUAUAGUCUAUGGCUAUGGCCCAUGGUAUAUGAAAUUUUAUGAUCGAAUCACAUUUAUAUCAUAUUUAGGGCUGACCUGCUUGUAGGUUGUACUGUAACUAGGCAAUAUGGCAAUAUGUAGGCCUGUGGGGAGGACUGAAUUCAGGUUGAAGAUGAAGCUAUAGAUUAUUAUAGACAAUAGGAAAUAUAAAAAGUAGGUAAUCUGCAUAUUGCCUUGCACAUUAACAUACUAUUAGUUUACAAACUAGUCUAAGACAAUUAUCAUUAUUAUUAUUGACAUUGAACAAUUACAGAAGGACAAGAGUGUCAAUAGUGAGAAUCACAUUACAACAAAGAGCAUGGAUCCUGCUCAUAAACAGCUAAUUCAGGAUAAUUUUAUGGAUUUGUUAAAAGAAAUAAAGCCGCAGAUAAGAUUUGUCUGCAGAGAUCUGCUGAAUGCAAGAAUUAUAUCAGAACAUAUGUAUGAGGAUAUCAUAGAGGUAACUCUAAUUCCUUCUUUCUCUACUCAGUCCUUUUAAGCUUUUUUAAACAGUUAACUGUUUAUAAUUAUAAACUAUCAGAAAGACCAACACUAACAUAAGUCUGAAGACCCAUGACUGUAGCAUCCACUAUAUUGCAGUUGUGAGCAAUUUUUCCAAAAUUUUCAAAUUUAAAACCAGGACAUUUAAAAGAAAUUUUCACCAUGUGUGUCCAAAAACAAACAGGGACAGUGCCUCUAAACCAGGAUUUUUGUAAUCCAAAUUAUUUAUUAUUAUACUUCAUCUUAAAUUAAUCCUGAAUAAUUUAGAAUAAUAGGAAUUGUUGAUAAUAAAGUAUCUCUCACUCUCACCAAAAAGUAAUUCUUGUAGGCCAUGCAUUGAAAUAAUGCUUUAAAAAAUAUGUUUUCUUUACUGAAACACUGAUUUCUUUAUUUAGGUCAAUUAAGUUGGAAAUCUUUUCUUUAUAUCAUUACAUUAAGAUUUUAUUACUGAAAAAAUACCAUGUGCAUAUACAUUAUUUUUACUUUAUCAGGCCCGUAGAACUCAAUCAGAUCAGACCGAAGCUCUUUUAGACUUAAUUAUCAGAAGAGGCCCAAAUGCCUUUGGGUCCCUCUACAGAUCAAUUCUGGCAGCAGAGCUGUAUGGGGCAGCAGACAUUUUGGAACCAGAAAAAGGACCACAUUGGGCUCCACCUGGAGCUGAAGCAGAAAAUACUGCUGUGCAACAAUUUGCAACGGAUGAUGCUCAAAGCAAGCAAGGAUCUGAAAAGGAAAUGCAUGAAAUUAAGUUGCCCGAUAGUAAGUAUCGCUGGUGCAGUUUUUUUAUUGCCCAUUCAACAUUUUAUCUGGUCCAUUAGUUAUGUCAACAAAAUGGGUGGAGAGGGAGGUUGACAAUUGUUGAUAGAGGUGCGUGGGGGGACGGGGGAGUUGUGGAAAGAAAAUCUUUAUAUAAAAAUGUUACUAACUCUACCAGAUAGCGCUGAAAAGUGUGCGGUUGAAAUGGGGGGGGGGGGGUUCCCUAAUUGGGAUUUUUUUAAAGUGUGUCAUUUGGGAGUAAAUGCUGUAAAGUAAAUUAAGUAGGCGAGAAGUUACCAUUGUUUGGCAGGCUAUAACUAUUGAUGUAAAAAAUGGGGGGGGGGGGGUUCCCUAAUUGGGAUUCUUUUAAAGUGUGUCAUUUGAGAGUAAAUGCUGUAAAGUAAAUUAAGUAGGCGAGAAGUUACCAUUGUUUGGCAGGCUAUAACUAUUGAUGUAAAAAAUCUGAUGUGUAAAUUGGGUGGGACAUUAAAAUAUUAAUAUAGUUCAGGGAUGGUGGCUCCCAUUGAUUGACAGGCUAUAGCAAAUAUAACUAUUUUUUAAAAAUUGGUCCCAUAAUUUAUUGCAAAAUAUUUGUUAAUUUUAAUGGUUCUAAAAUUCGUUUUAUCAAUUGAUCAAAUUAGCAUGGAUGAUGUGUAAAUGGGCCUAAGAAAUUACCACAGAGAGAUGGUGAAAUGUUGGUUAUUAUUGCACAGAGAGAAAUAGCUGAUAUUGUACGUGCUGAAUAGUCAGACUUGACAAGGAUGAUCUUUGCCGGCUUUAUAAUAAUUUUGAUAUAGCAAUGAUAAAUUAAACAAUUGCUUUGCACUAUUGUAUAAGAGGAGCUUUUGGCUUAUCAAUAUGAAAAGGAAAAAAUACUAGCAAAAAUUUACUAACAAUAAUAAAUAAUAAAUUCUUCAUUAUAAAAGUGUGUCAAGUUAUGAACUCUAAUUAUUACAAAUUUAUUUAAAAUUUGUUAAAGAUUUUUUAAAAAUUUGAUUAAAUUCUUAACGGCCAACCCCAUACUUUGAAAUAUUUUGACAGCCAUUUAACAUUUAGGCCCACUUAAACACCCAUCUUUUUCUUCUGUCUGAUUUUACUGGGAAGGAAAGGCAAGAAGGAACAGUUUACACAAUUGCACUUGUUACACUAGGUUCAUUGGCUUCGUUGUCUAGGGAUUUAUUAUAUACACUUCACAACUAUAAUUCUUAGAUGAAAUAUCUUUAUUCAUCAACUAAUUCUUCAACUGCCAUUACUGUAAUCAAAGAAAAACACUCCACAACCAAAUCUACAAUAAUAAUACGUCAUUUCCCUUUCCACACAAUACCUCACAAGAUACUAAGAAUAAUAGAAAAAACAACACACAUAAUCUCAAACCAACACGCAAUCACACUAUACAUUCAAGUCCCUGACGCACUGCUGGUUACCUUUAGCGCAGUCAUUAGAGGCUCAGAAAUUCUUCAAAUGCAUCAUCAUAUUCAGAAAUCAAUUGCCUCAGAUUUUCCUGAUUUAAAAUGCACUAAGCUCUAUCAUGUUUGGGUAUUAAACUAUUUUUCUGUUUUAUUUUUUCAUAAGAAUGGCCAGGAGAUUCCAGUCUGAUAGAUUUCCAGGUAGAAAAUGUCAGCAAAACUUCAAAAGCUUUUGAGGAGUAUAAAAAGUCUCUAACACCACUUGGAAAGGUACACAAGAUUAUAAACUUUUUAAGUUUAACUUUGAAGAAUGUGCAUUUAAGUUUUAUCUGGUCCCUAUUAAUUUUUGUUUAAAAAAAAAAAAAGCCGGACCUGUUGGAUAGAUAAAAUGAGAUAAUAUUCUUUUAAUUUAUUUUUUGAUACUUAUUUGGUAUAAGUUUUUUAAUUAUAUUUCAUUUCUAAAGGAAUACUGGUAUCAGAUGAGAAACAAUCCCAGAGGAAGGGCCUUGAUAAUAAAUAAUAUUGAAUUUACAAGAAUGUAUAAACGAACUGGAUCUGAGGAGGACAGACAAGGUCUCAACAAACUUUUUACCAAGUUAGAAUUCAUAGUUAACAUACAAGAGGACAAAACUAAAGACGUAAGUUUCACUUUAGAAAAUUUGUGUUAAUUCUUAAUCCUAGAAAAUUAUAAUUUUAUUAUUACUGUCUUUUUGUAGGAUUUAGUAAAAGUGUAUGGCCAAUAAAAAAUAUUUUUACUCAAUACCUUAUUUAAUGGACCACCUACUAAUAUCUUAAAGGUACGUUUUUACUAAGUCCAGUAUCACAUACUUGCAAAUUAAAUUUUUUGAAGAUAAUUUGUGUUGAGAUCUAGUGAACUCAUCCAACAUAACUUAGACAUGAAUACAAUUAGCAAUGUAAUCAGAAAAUCCUCAAAGAGGGUAAAGGGUACCAGUAGUACAACGUAAAACUAUAAUUUUAGAAAUGAUGUGGUAUUGGGCAAAAUGCCAAAGUGCCAUUCCCUGAUUCCUUCCUUACAUAUAAUGCUGCUGAUAAAUUUUUAUGUACCAUUGCUGGCAAGGUAUAAAAAAAUAUUACAUUCCUGAACUAUCCUUAUUUAACUUUAUUACUUUAUUAUUGUUUUAUGAACAAUUAAACUUUGGACUAUCAAACGAUAUAAUAAUAUUUUUUUAAAACUUAAAGAUGGAUAGCUGUGUGUUAAAUUAUGCAAUUCAGAUCUUUUAAAAUAUUUUUUUCUUAAUUCUACCUUCUUUUCGGGGAGAGAGGGGGGGGGGGGGAUGUUUGUAUGUGAAAUUUAAGUUUGAAAUAUAUCAAAAACUGAUUUAUUUUAAAGGAAAUUAUGAAAAUUCUGAAAAGAGAAUAAGAGAUGGACCAAAGCAAGUUUGACUGUUUAAAUAUUUUUUUCUUAAUUCUACCUUCUUUUCGGGGAGAGAGGGGGGGGGGUGAUGUUUGUAUGUGAAAUUUAAGUUUGAAAUAUAUCAAAAACUGAUUUAUUUUAAAGGAAAUUCUGAAAAUUCUGAAAAGAGAAUCAGAGAUGGACCACAGCAAGUUUGACUGUUUCAUCCUAGUCAUUUUAUCACAUGGCUGUAAAGGAGGUGUCUUUGGCACUGAUGGCUACUAUGAAACAGACAAAACACCAGUAAAUGCUAUAAAGAUAAGAGAUAUAAAGGAAAUGAUUUGCAGUUGCACUUCUUUGACGAAUAAGCCAAAGUUAUUGUUUAUUCAAGCUUGUCAAGGCCGUAAGUUGCUGAAUAAAUAAUAUAAAGGUUUAUUUACAACAAGAAAAAAGCAAACAGUCUAUGAUAUUUUACAUUAACUGUGUUUGUUAUACACAAAGUAUGCCCUGUUUAAAAUUAUUUAAUAUAGAUUUAAGAAUGUUACCUCUAUUAAUUAUUUUGAAUCUUGAAUUUGGGUAGCAGGAAAAAAAACUAAAUCUUCUUACAAUCAAAAUUCUAUAAUUUCAAUGUAUUUCAUUUUUAUUAUUUUCCAUACACAUGAUAUUUAUGAGUUUGAUUUUUGCCCCCCCCCCCCCCCCCUCCAACAAAAUUAUUAUUAUUUUUUUUUAAAAAUUCAUCUGUUUCAAUCAUACACAAUAAGACAGAAAAUGUGAAUUUACAAACUUUUAUUGCGGGAUAAAAUUCAUAUUAACCUGUAAAAAUAAAUGGACAAGUAAAUUCAAUUCAAUGGUAAUGAGAAACAUUUCACACAGAAAACAUGUUGAAUAAAGGUUCUCAACCAAAACAGAUUAUCAUUACAAUGUUUUUAAACAACUUAACCAUCUUCGCCUAACCUGAUACAGAUGUCCUUCAACAGGCUGGCUUUGUUUCUUACAAAUAGGAAAAAGGACAAACCAGUUGACUGGGCAGGUGCCAGGCAGCAGAAUGCCCAAAUAACUAAUAAAUAUUGAACCUUCCAAAGAAACAUAGCUGGUGGGCAGAUAAAAUGUUUCAAAGAAUACCUAACAUUGUCACUCAAUUCCAUGAAAUGAACUCCUGGGACCACUUAUUAUUAUUAUUAUGACUCACUCAAAGAAAGUGCACAGCAAGGAAAAGCGGAACUGCCUCCAAUCCCAUUGAACCUCAAAACACCUGUGUCCUACAUGGACUCAAGCUUUCCAGGCAAAAAAAGGAGUCACAAGCCUCCGUCGAAAAUAGCAUUAGUCAAAGUAGUUAUUUUAAACCCUGGCAAUGGGCAAAAAUUAAACUUAUGAAUUAGACUCAUUAUCUGGUAACUAAAAGAGACCAGAUUGACUAUCUUAUUUAUUUUAAUGGCUUUAUACUUCUCCAGGGGAAGCUGGUGGACUGGAUCAAUUUUUAAUUGAUCAUUAUGGAAGACUAUGGUCUUUACAUCAUUACUCUUCUUCAGUCUUUUAAUAUCAUAAUUUCUUUUAAUGUUACUAUUUUGUUAUUUUGGUAUGCUGAAUAGUGUGAUUAUUUAAUAUCAUCUAUGUUUAAGUUGAUGGGGACAUGGGCAAAGCUGAUGAUCCAAACAGUCAUGAUGGGUCUGUGCCAGAACUGUCUUUUGAUUCAGAUGUGACAGAGACUCUGACAAAUCUGUUAAAAUCUAAUGUAGAGCAGGAUGAUGGCUCCAGGGAAAAAACACCCUCAGAUGCUGAUGUCUUUGUUGCUAUGGCAACAACACCAGGUUUGUUAUAUGCAAGGGUCUGGACAGAACAAGAAAUGUGUCUUAUAGCAAAUUUUAAAAAUACAGAAAGAUAUAAUAAUAUAUCAAGAAGUAGGUUUGGAUUUAUACAGGAAGAGGCCAUGUGUUUUGGAAAGUUUUACUUUAAUUAAAUACCGGUACCGUAUUAAAUACCUUACUGCUCCUAAAUCUCUAAUGUGACAACUCACUGUUAAAGAGACCAAAUCAGGUACUUAUUAAGUCCAUACCGAUCCUUCCUGGGUAAUUAAAAGUAUCAAUAUUUUUGCAAAUAAUCAUUUCAGCUUGAGCUUUGAAGAGAAAAAGUGCAAUUUUUAAAAUAUGUAAUAAAUGAUAUAUAACACUGUAUCCUGUAUUUAUAUUCUCUUUUAACUUUUCCAGGUAAAACAGCGAUUCGCAAUAAAGUUACAGGGACUUGGUUUAUACAAGCUGUCAUCUAUAUUUUCGCCAACUAUUCACAUAUGUAUGAUUUAAAUAAGCUAAUGACACUGGUAAGUCUCAACAGAAGUUUAAAAUUAGAUUUGUAUUGUUCAGGCUUAAUAAGUUUGUAAAGUAGUCGGCAACCUGUGGCUGCGGAGCUGCAUGCAACUCUUUGAAGGAAUAAGUGCUGCUCUUUUCAUCAUCAAACUCAGCCCUGGCAGCGGGGCCCUAAAUUUUUUGUUUGUGUCACUGUUAUAUUUAGUAAAUAAUACCUGAGACGAUGUGGUUCAAACAGUGACUAAUUUUGAUAUCGACAUUCACAACAAUAAAUAAGUUUCACAAAAAUAUGAAGAUAUUUGGAAUUAUUUUUUUUAAAUUUCAAUUUCUAUUAUACUUCCACAUAACAUAAUCUUCUUUUACAUGAUAAUGUUAUCAAGAAACCUGUUACAAAAUCCAUGAUCUCUAUUCACUCCAUUAUUAUUCUAUCCAUUAUUCAAACAGAAACCUUGAUUGGCCAAUUCCUCUCAAAUCCAAACACUGUAUAUUAUUCAAGUAAUAUUAAGUACAUUACUUCUUUCCCUUAAGUGGUUCACAUAUUCAUAUCUCUGUGAAAGUUGGCAAAUAUAAUUUUUUUUUAAUGUCAGACCCAUUAGUAAAAAAAAAUCUAUGCAUAUAAACUAUUUUGGACUAAAUAUAUAUUUUGGAGAUAAUACUUAUUUAUAUUUUUGUCUUUUUAAUUUGCUUUUAAAACAAGAAAAAAGGAAUAUUCAUUUUUAUCUGUUCCCCUGUAAGUAUAACAACUAUCACUGGCCUAUUAAAAAAAAGUUUUUUGAACUUCUAUUGAUUGUGUAAUGUCAUAUUUGCAUUGUGUAUGUGGCAUGUCAUAACAUAGCUUAGAUAUCUUCUGAAGCAUCUUUUGUUAUGCUCAACUUCAAAACUUCAAACCAAUCGUUGGAAUGCAUAGAGUUAUUUUUUAAUUGGUACAGAAGAAUGGCAAAUUUGUUAUCGGGUUAUGUUAAUUUAAUUCCUUGAAGCUUCCACUGAUGGUGUGUAAUUUAUUAACAUAUUGUUGUUCUCAAAGUUUUUGCUGUAUCAUCCUGGGGAGCUUCAGAUUCCCCACACGGAUGAAACCAAAUAUUACCUUUUUUUUGUCUUUCUUAAUUUUAUUUCAAUUCAAUGAGCUUGAAGCAACAUCUGGCAUACCUGGUGCAAAUCAGUAACAUUGUGACUUUCUUUUCUUUCUUAAUUUUCUAAAAGCUGUAGUGCAAGGCUCAGUUCCAUAUUAUUUGUUCAUUUUGGUUUUAAAAGAAAUAAUUUAAAUUUAAAACCAUUUUGAAGAAAAAAAGAAAUUAUUGUUGCUUGAUUUGAUUUAUUUUACAAAAUGUAAUUUCUGAUUUUGUUUUCAAAGCUGAAUUUCAUUUACAUGUUUUUGCUGAGUAAUUCUGAAAAGUGGGAUUUUUUUUAUCAAGUUAAGUACUUAAAAAUGAGUUUCCUUUAGGUGAGGUUUGCCAUAUGUGCAAAAGGGCAAAGUCUGAAAAUGUUUGGGGUAGGCAAGGUGUAGGGAUAUUAACAAUAUUUGUGUACAUAAUAUACUGAUGGCCCCUUCCAUACAUUACAUACUGAUAGACAAAGGACUUCAUUAAAGUGUAGUACUACCUUUUUUUUCCAGGUGAACAAACUUGUGUGCAAAGCAAUGACAAAAGAAGGUAAAAAGCAAGUUGCUGAGGUCAGAAAUACUCUGCAGAAGACAUUUUCAUUUUUCCCUGGCCUUACACAAAGCUCCUCAUUGUAGAUUUAAAAUCAACAAAGUUUACAAGAACAAAAAAUUGAUGAAUGAAACAGCAGACUCUGGCUAUUCUUCUCUGAAUCUAUUUUUAGAAAUCUAAUGAGCUUAUUUUCUUUCAUGAAUGCCAAUGACAGUGUCCACUAUUAGUUAAAAUAACAUGGUAUGAAAUCUGCUUGUUCUCUGAAAACAUAUACAUUUUUGUAGGACUUCUGACAUGAGUUUGUUAAUCUAUGCAAACAUUUUGAUGGCAGCUGAGAACUAAUAUGUUUAUUUAGGAUGCAUAAUAUUAAUUUUGUUUAAUUAAGAUAUUGUAUCUCUUACUUUUUAACUGAUAGUGUGGUCCAUUAGCCUUACAUUGCCUGUCCGCACAACAUUGGUCAAGAAACUAUAAAAAAAGAAAUGUUUCCUUGUUUGAGUCUUGUUUCAAAACCCCCUUUAAAAGGGAGAUUGUGUUAUGCAUAAAUGUACCCCAUGUUGUAUGCGUCCAGAAAACCAUUUGAAGCUUAUGCCAUUGAAACUUUUUUAUGAAUUUUAAUCGAUAGCCGACUAGCAUUAAAUGAAGAGACCUAAAGAAUUGGCUGGUCACGGUUCAAGAAGUAUUUUGGCCUGGCCCCUGGUGCCUUCAGGAAACUUGGUCUUUACUUCAUUAUUAUGUUGGUCAUUGUUGGAGCCUAGCAGCUGAAGAUGGUGAAGUGUUUUCUUCCAAGUUAGAGAUUGCAAGCAAGAUACAAUCCAGCUAAACUGGACACUGCCUCUCACUGAUUCAGCUGAUAUUUUUCUUAUACUAGGAUGUUGUGUUGAAGAUAGAAUUUGUUUUAGUUAGUCACAGGUUAAAAAAUGUUGAAAACUGCGGCCAUUUUUUCUGCAUGAAUCAUGAAUACUCCCUAAAUCUAACCAUAUUUUCUUUAUGUAACACAAAAAGCAAAAUAAUUGGGUUUAUUGUCAUUCUUGUUUCUUUAUAGCUGUAACUUUUUUAAAAAUUAAAAUCAAAUUAUUGGUUAAAUCUACAUUAGUAUAUUAGAUAAUGCUUACUAAUUGCCACAUGUAAAUCAAGAUGAUUUUAAUUGAAUCUUGGAUUUUUUAAAUGAUUUUAGUUUUAACUUAUUUUUAUCAAAUUCAUUAACUGUGUUAUCAUACAUAUAUUUGUAAUCUUUCACCGCUGAAUUGCUUUUCUUCUGUGCCAUAAACUAAGCCUUUUCUUCUGUGCCAUAAACUAAGCGUAUAUUUUCUGUAAUACUAGAUUUUGAAUCCCUCCAAUUUUACUUAACAUCAUUUUUAUCUAUUUCAUCUUAAUUACAAUGGAAGCCAAUUUUUAAAUAACUUUUCCAUGUUAUAGAAAAUUGAAAUGUUACAGGCAACUUUAUCAUGCAUAGAAUUUUAAAUCUAUCAAACUUUGCAUCUUUACUGAUUCCAAAACAUAUUUGUAAAAAGUUUGCACAAAUAUUUGGAUUUUGAACUUAAAAGUUGAAUAAAAGUUUGUAUUCAAUGGAAACUUUUUGAUUCACAACUGAUAUUCUAUUAGUAUCCCAGUAACUCCCCUUGAAAUAGCUUAUUUUAAAAUGUAAACAAGGGAAGGGAUUUUAUUUGAUCUAAUUACUAAUAGUCAGUUAUUAUUCCUGUUUCUUUAAUGUGUUAAAAUAAAAUUCACUCAUUGGCUAUCAAUCCAGUGAGCAUGCACAAAUAAAAUGGAUGCCAUACUUAAAA